GCAAGCUGCAGCUGCAAACCGUCAAAGAGCGAUUUCAGGCAUUCCUCAAUGGAGAAACUCAGAUUGUGGCUGACGAGGCUUUUAUCAAUGCUGUUCAGAGCUACUAUGAGAUCUUCCUGAAAAGUGAUCGUGUGUCACGGAUGGUGCAAAGCGGUGGUUUUUCGGCCAGCGAUUCCCGUGACGUUUUUAAGAAGCACAUAGAGAAGCGGGUUCGCAGCCUGCCUGAGAUCGACGGCCUGAGCAAAGAGACUGUGCUGAGCUCCUGGAUAGCGAAAUUUGACACCAUCUAUCGAGGAGAGGAAGACCUCAGGAAGCAGCAGCAGAGGAUGACAGCCAGCGCUGCUUCUGAGCUCAUCCUGAGCAAGGAUCAGCUGUAUGAGAUGUUCCAACAGAUCCUUGGGAUCAAGAAGUUUGAGCACCAGCUGCUCUACAAUGCCUGCCAGCUGGACAAUCCCGAUGAGCAGGCAGCGCAAAUAAGAAGAGAACUGGAUGGACGGCUGCAGAUGGCAGAUCAUAUCGCUCGGCUUGGAGAAAGGUUUCCGAGGUUCGUUUCCAGAGAGAUGGAGGCCAUGUACAUCGAGGAGCUGCGAUCGUCCGUCAAUCUGCUGAUGGCAAACCUGGAGAGCAUGCCCGUGUCCAAGGGGGGCGAGUUCAAGCUGCAGAAGCUGAAACGUGGACACAACACCUCUAUUAUGGACAUGGGUCAGGAGGAUGAAAACCUGCUCUCAAAGUCUGAUGUUGUCUUGUCCUUCACCCUGGAGGUGGUUAUAAUGGAGGUGCAGGGUCUGAAAUCCUUGGCAUCAAACAGAAUAGUUUACUGCACCAUGGAGGUCGAAGGAGGACACAAGCUACAGACAGACCAAGCUGAAGCCUCCAAACCAAUUUGGGGAACCCAAGGUGACUUCACAACCACCCAGCCUUUACCUGCUGUGAAAGUAAAGCUGUUCACUGAAAGCACUGGAGUGUUGGCAUUGGAAGACAAGGAGCUAGGAAGGGUGGUGCUUCAUCCGACUCCCAACAGUCCCAAACAGUGUGAGCUCCAUAAAAUGACAGUUUCUAAAGGCUGCCCUGAUGACCUCAAGAUAAAACUAGCAAUCCGCAUGGAUAAGCCACAGAACAUGAAGCAUUGUGGGUAUCUUUGGGCCAUUGGCAAAAAUGUGUGGAAGAGAUGGAAGAAGAGAUUCUUUGUCUUGGUCCAGGUUAGCCAGUACACCUUUGCAAUGUGCAGCUACAGAGAGAAAAAGGCUGAGCCUGUGGAGCUUCUACAGCUGGAUGGAUAUACUGUGGACUACACCGACCCUCAGCCAGGUCUGGAAGGUGGCCGGACGUUCUUUAAUGCUGUAAAAGAGGGAGAAACUGUGAUAUUUGCCAGUGAUGAUGAGCAGGAUCGCAUCCUAUGGGUUCAGGCCAUGUAUAGGGCCACGGGUCAGUCACACAAGCCAGUGCCCCCCACCCAGGUCCAGAAGCUGAACUCCAGAGGCGGAACUGCUCCACAGCUUGAUGCCCCCAUAUCUCAGUUCUAUGCAGAUCGAGCCCAAAAGCACGGAAUGGACGAGUUUAUAUCAGCCAACCCGUGUAACUUCGACCAUGCCUCCCUGUUUGAGCUGGUGCAGCGCCUCACCUUGGAUCACAGACUAAACGAUUCCUAUUCCUGCCUGGGUUGGUUUAGUCCUGGCCAGGUGUUCGUCCUGGAUGAAUACUGCGCUCGUUAUGGUGUCCGAGGCUGCCACCGGCACCUUUGUUACCUUAGUGAUCUGCUUGAGAGGGCCGAGAAUGGAGCCAUGAUUGACCCCACACUGCUUCACUACAGCUAUGCCUUCUGUGCCUCGCACGUGCAUGGAAACAGGCCUGAUGGGAUUGGCACAGUGACUGUGGAGGAAAAGGAGCGUUUUGAAGAAAUCAAAGAGAGACUACGUGUGCUUCUGGAGAAUCAGAUAACUCAUUUCAGAUAUUGCUUUCCAUUUGGACGACCAGAGGGAGCGCUAAAAGCUACUCUGUCCUUGCUUGAAAGGGUUCUAAUGAAAGACGUUGUGACACCAGUCCCACAAGAAGAAGUGAAAGCUGUGAUCAGGAAGUGUCUGGAACAGGCUGCCAUAGUCAACUACCAGCGCCUUUCAGAGUAUGCAAAACUGGAAGGGAAAAAGAGAGAGAUGUAUGAGCAUCCUGUCUUCUGUUUGGCAUCUCAAGUGAUGGAUUUAACUAUUCAAAACGUAGGCCGUUUAGUCACCCCUGCUAAAAAAUUGGAAGACACUAUCCGGCUGUCCGAGCUGGUCAUCGAGGUCCUUCAGCAGAAUGAGGAACACCAUGCGGAGGGAAGGGAGGCCUUUGCAUGGUGGUCAGACCUGAUGGUGGAGCAUGCCGAGACCUUCCUGUGUCUUUACUCAGCCGAUAUGGACGGAGCGCUCGAAAUUCAGCCACCUGACAGCUGGGACAGUUUCCCACUUUUCCAGCUGCUCAAUGACUUUCUGAGAGUGGACUAUAACCUGUGCAAUGGGAAGUUUCAUAAACACCUACAGGACCUGUAUGCCCCUCUGGUUGUGCGAUAUGUGGACCUGAUGGAGUCAUCCAUUGCCCAGUCCAUUCAUAGAGGUUUUGAGAGAGAGUCCUGGGAACCUGUAAAUAAUGGUUCUGCAACUUCAGAGGACCUCUUCUGGAAGCUGGAUGCUCUACAAACAUUCAUUAAGGAUCUACACUGGCCUGAAGAAGAGUUCGGCAAACACCUGGAAACCAGACUGAAGCUGAUGUCUAGCGACAUGAUAGAGUCGUGUAUAAAACGAACACGGGCAGCAUUUGAGGCCAAGCUGCAGAGAAGCAGUCGAACCACAGAUUUCCGAGUCCCCCAGUCGAUCUGCACCAUGUUUAAUGUCAUGGUGGAUGCCAAGUCUCAGUCAGCCAAACUGUGUGUUGUGGACCUAAGUCAAGAGUUUGUUAGACAAUGGAGACAAUACCACUCCCAGAUUGACCAUCUGAUUGAGGAGACAGUGAAGGAGAUGAUUACUAUUUUAGUUGCAAAGUUUGUGGUUAUUCUAGAGAGUGUGUUAUCUAAACUCUCCAGAUAUGACGAAGGAACCCUCUUCUCUUCCUUCCUUUCUUUCACAGUAAAAGCUGCUUCAAAGUAUGUGGACGUACCAAAGCCAGGGAUGGAUGUCGCCGACAGCUAUGUUACAUUUAUCCGUCAUUCCCAGGACAUGCUCAGAGAGAAGGUCAACGAGGAGAUUUACGUCGAGAGACUGUUUGAU